AUAUACUUCUACUUUAAUUUUACUGCCUUUUGUUUGUUUUUUUUUUUGGUUCUUGGGUUCCAGUUAUCUGUCUGUUCAUUUCUUGAUCUUGAGUUGAAUAUCAUUCGUGUUGGAGCUUCAGUAAAAGACGCCAGUCCCCAGUUCCUGACUAUCUUCGUUUAUUGCUGAUAAAGCGGGGAAAGGUCAAGUGUGUUUUCAUGGAUUCACCUCAAUCUGUUGUGUCACCAUACAAGGAAUCCGCUUUUUUAACUCAACCUGAGAAGCAGAAGAUUGACUUCUUAAAGGACACUGGUGAUCGGAAAGGGGAUGUGGCAGCAGAUAAUUUCAUUGGUGUUCUAGAUGUCUAUGUACACCAGGCUAGGGACAUUCAUAAUAUCUGCAUAUAUCACAAGCAAGAUGUUUAUGCUAAGCUUUGCCUAACGAGUGAUCCCGAAAGUGCACUCCCCACAAAAAUUAUUAAUGGGGGUGGGCAAAAUCCAGUUUUCAAUGACAAUCUUCAGCUGAAUGUCCGUACCACUGAAUGUUCUCUCAAGUGCGAGAUAUGGAUGAUGAGCAGAGUGAAGAAUUAUUUGGAAGAUCAAUUGCUUGGCUUUGCUUUAGUUCCUCUGUCCAAGGUUCUCGUUGAGAAUGGGAAGUUGGAGCAAGAGUUCCCUCUCUCAUCAACCGAUCUUUUCCAUUCCCCUGCAGGAUUUGUAAAGUUGUCCCUCUCGUACACUGGGGAGUCGCCAGAAGUCAUUUCCAUUCCAUUUCUGCCCGAGCCUACAGUAACCGACAAAACUCUUCAGGACACUCAAGUCCCCGAGUUCUUACCUUGUGAGAUGGAAAAAAUUGAGUUUCCAGAUCCUAAAAUAGUGUGUGAAAAUGAUUUGAUGGUUUCUGAGUAUUAUGGCAUUCAAAGUUCGAACCUAGAAACCCAAAGCUCAGAUAGCUUGGUCUCUUCCGACACUGAGAAUCAGCCCGGUUCAGAUGUUAAUGUCGAGGAGAUUCUUCCAGCUGGACCGGAUUCCCACCAUUAUAAAAAGCAAGAUUCCCCACCAAGCAGUGUGUCAACCAACGAGUCCCCAUUGGCUUCACUUCCCGCAAGUUCUCAGUCUUCUGCAACUCCACAAGGUUCGAAGUUUCCAAAUGACGAGUACGUUUCACCCCCUAAGGAAUGCCCCGAAGAGAAGAAGUUAGAAACGAAGCCACUUGUCACAGUAAACAUCGAGCCAGAGCCACAGGUGGUGCAGCAGGACAUUGUGGAUAUGUACAUGAAAAGCAUGCAGCAAUUUACCGAGUCAUUGGCAAAGAUGAAGCUUCCACUCGACAUCGAUAGUGGAACAACCAGUUCCGGGAAUUCAACUUCGGAGAAAUCUCAAACUCCGAAGAGUGCAGGCUCAAGAGUGUUCUAUGGGAGCAGGGCUUUCUUCUGACUUCUGAGCUUGUGUUUUACUGGUUUAUGCAAACAAGUGACUCGAGCAAUUAGGAUGAAACUGAUGUUAUUAGUAACAUGAAGUCUUCUAAGAAGUGUGGUUUUACUUAAUUUAUGUUGAAUGUUUUAGAGAUAGAACCAUUGUCAUAACAUGUAUGUUGUAGUGUUGUACAACCUUUGUUUCAUUGCAGAUGUUUUUAGUUACUUCCUUAAA